AUGUCUCUCGAGACCUCAUCCCCCGCGCACCGCAAACGCCCCUUCCCGCUUCUCAGGCUCCCGUACGAGUUGCUCGACACGAUCUUCGCGUACGCUUACGAGGACGACGAACAUCCCGAGCCGGUCUGCCGCGCCCUUCGCCAAUUUGCCGAGCGGCGCUUCUACCGAGACGUGAAACUUGUCAACUACUCCUUUUUGGCCGACUUCUGCUCGACGAUCAAUGAAAGCAAGCGUCUCGCACAACUCGUUCGAACCCUCGAUCUCGACUUCUCCUGCUGCGAAGAAGAAAACGACCCUGAGGAGCACAUCGAGCCAGGACAUGCUCAGCGUACGGUGACCGUCAAGUCCUUCACGAAGGUGCUGAGCCGUCUCAUUAAACUCAAGUCGCUUCGAAUGGUCGAACUGGACAAGCAGCUCAGCCAGGUCUUAUCAAGCACCCGCCUCGACUCGUCUGCCUUGCCGGAGCUCGAAGUUCUCGACCUGCACGAGAUCAAAACCUGCGUGCUCGACGAGGGUGUAUGGGCUAGGAGGCUGUCGAUGCUGCGGGAAGUGCGCCUUCAUAGCUCCGUCGGACCAAUCCGUCUGCCCCGAGCCGCAACGACUAUGCAGGCGGACACACUCGCGCUCUCCGGCGACGGCCGCAACCCGUGGCCUGGCUACGAGCUCUGCAAGGCCUUCCCAGCCCUGAUCGCGUUCGAAGCGCGUGACUUGAUGGACAGGUCGCAGUAUCUUUCGGUCGUGCAUGGUCUGCCAAGGACCCUCAAGAGGCUCCGACUCGAGCAAAGCGUCGACUUCGUCGCACCCGGCUCUCUUGACGACAUCCUACCGGAGUUUCGGGACCUCGACAGUCUCUACCUCUGCAACGGCACCUUCACCCUGCCGCGCCUCACGUCGUAUCUCGUCGCGGCAGUCAAUCUCGUCUCACUCGGCUUCAGCAUCGGCGCUCCAUUGACGGACCGCUUCCUCCUCUGGCUUGUGAAAGGCCCAACUCGUCCGGCACACCUUCAAACCCUCGUGCUCGACUACGUGACCUGCCGAUACAAGCUGAGCAAGGACGCCGAGUUCAUCGACCAGUACUUGUCCGACAUUUACUCUUACAUGCAUUUCUAG